AUGACCUGUUAUCAUUGGCAGGGGAAGCAGCGACAUAUGCAACUUUUUAAGAUAACUCUAAAUGUCUGGACUAUAGUACCAGAGCACGAACUUCCACGGUGCAUGUCUUUUUGGGUUAGGUUCCAUGUCUUAAUCAACCGCAUGCGUACUCAAAUUGCAAGUAUCAAUACAUCUCAGCUGACUAGCUUGGUGAUGGCGCUACGUGUGGCUUGUUGGGACUUGCACAUCCCUCAAUGCACCGCGGCAUUCAACGCCACGACAUUUGAUAUCGAUAAAGUGGAAUCUCAUCGUAGUAAAAAUUUCAUCGUCAUUUCAGGGUAG